AUGGGUGUGAGGGGGGGGGUGGUGGGGUGUGUGGGGGGGGGGGGUGGGGUGGGUGGGGGUUUUUGGUGUGGGGGGGGGUGGUGUUGGUGUUGGGGGGGGUUGUUGGUUGGGUGUUUGUUGGUGUGUGUGUUGGGUGGUUGGGUGGGUGUUGGGGUUGUGGGUGGGGUUGGGGUUUGUAGUUUUUGGGGUUGUGGGUGGGGUUGGGUGGGGGUGGGGGGUGUGUUGGGGGGUGUUGGGUGUUGGAUGUGGUGGUGGGGUGGGUGGUGA